CUGACGCUGAGCGUGUGUGCUCCGUUAGGAGCGUCCGUGAGGAUUUUUUCAGAUGAUAUCGGGUGUAUUUUCAUUCGUACACAUUUUUGUUAGCAUCCCACUCGGACCCGGGUGACGAUGACCAGCAACUUUUUUCCGCUCUGGCCACAUUCACCUUCUUCAUCUGGAAACCUCCUCGCUCGCACUCUUUGUCCCUCUCUGGAGAGCGAGGAGCGUCGUGGCGGCCACCAUCCCAAGGAGAAACCGGAAGAAGACGAGGACAGAUUUGUUUGCUGCUGAGGUGAGCUGGAGCAUCCCGUCGGCGCCAACGGAGGACAUCAGCUGCCCACCUGCGUCAUGGCGCACGGCCCGCCUGACGUGAGCCACAUGUACGCGCACCUACACCCCGCCCCCUCCUACUCGUGCAGUGCGGAUGUAUACCAGGACCCGUCCGCUGGGGCCUACCUGGCCACGCCCACCUGUGCCGUGUCCUACCACGCCCCGCCCUCAUACAACUCGGCACAAAAGUCCAGCGCGGACGCGGCGCUGCACCCUGUCCCGCCAGAGUACGGCGGCUUGUACCCGCAGUGCCAGAGGGACAUCCAGGCGGCCUUCCCUGACCGGAAGUCGGUGGCGUACACGCUGGACUCCCUCCGUGGGGCGCCCCCCCUCACGCCCCUCAACACCAUCAGGAAUUUCACCCUGGGCGCCCCUUCCACGGCCGCCGAGGGCCCGCUCGCCGCCGCUUUCCCGGCACACCAAAAUCUCCCCCUCAGGCCCAUCCUGCGGCCCCGGAAGUACCCGAGCCGGCCCAGCAAGACACCCGUGCACCAGCGGCCGUACGCGUGCCCGGCGGAGAGCUGCGACCGCCGGUUCUCCCGGUCGGACGAGCUGAGCCGACACCUGCGCAUCCACACGGGCCUCAAGCCCUUCCAGUGCCGCGUGUGCCUGCGCGCCUUCAGCCGCAGCGACCACCUGACCACGCACGUGCGCACGCACACCGGCGAGAAGCCCUUCUCCUGUGACACCUGCGGGAGGAGGUUCGCCCGCAGCGACGAGAGGCGGAGACACGUCAAGAUCCACCUGAGACACAAGGACAAGAAAGACCCCGCCCCUUGAUGCCACCCCCGCAGCAUCACCGUUUCGUCUCAGGGAGUCCACACACGCGCACACACACCCCAAAACUGCUUUUUUUCCAUUCUUGUUUGGACUUUUGGAGAAGUCAAUAUUUUACUGUUUUUUGUUUUUUUUUACUGACUGCCUGUGAAGAGAAUAUUGCUAAAAAAUGUUUGUGUAGAACAAGUCCCAACAACUUUAUAGAUAAAUAAGAAUAAUAAAAAAGCAAAAUAAGCUUUAUGUUAUGUUUUCAGGCUCCAAAACCGCGCUGUCAAGUCACAUGACAUAAAAACGUCAUUUUUUCCCCCCGUUUUAAAUCACGCCUGCUUUAUCCUUCUGCGUCGCGGAGCCGCAGACCUUAAAGACUGCCUUUGGUUGCCGCCUUCUCUGAUUUCAAACAUUUGCAAUAAAAGCGGGUGUUGUAAC